CGGCUCGAUUUCCUGCCCAUGCGCUCGGGUCUCGGUCGCUGGCUGAUGACGCAUUCCGCCCGCCGAAGCGAGCGUGUGUGUAUGUGAGCGAGAGGGGCCGCGGUGGGCGGGGUCUUCCUCUUCUGCUGGCUCCAAGGUGCCUGUGAAGUACGAGGCGGGCUCGGCAGGCAGGAUGAUGGGGGGAAAGAGCAGCGCCAUCGCCGCGGGCCUCUGCGGGGCUCUCUUCAUCGGCUACUGCAUCUACUUCGACCGCAAGAGGAGGAGCGACCCCAACUUCAAGAACCGGCUGCGGGAACGUGAGUCGCUCUCGGCCGCCCGCCUCCUCGUGCAGCCGCUGCCCCACCCCGCGCGGAGCCGGCCCUGGGUCGCCCCUCCGACCUGCCCCCGCUCCAUUGGCGGCCGGGCCUGUCAGGGUGGCCCUCCGGGGAAGCCCCGCUGCCUCCCAGGCUGUGGUUCCUUCCGCGGCGCGAUGGAGGAGGGUCCUUGCUCGCCAUGGGCGGGCGCGGGGAUUUUGCGGUGGCCCCGAGGACAAAGCAAAACCAGGCCUCCCAACUGGGCAUGCCUCUGUCGUGGCCGGCCUUCUUCCCCAUGCUCCCUUGCAUCGCCAGGCUGGCCUUCAUUUCAAAGGUCACAAGCUGCAGGUGUUUGGAUGAGGAUCGCUUCACACGCUGUUAGGACCCACCUAGUGUGUGUUUUUUACUGGAUGCACGCAGAAACCGUGUGUGUGUGUGUGUGUGGCAAACACAUUCUCCCUGCGGCAUGAAUCCUGGAAUUUGGGAUAGGCUGUAGCAUUCUGCGGUGGAUAUGCAUGGUGUCUCCUGCCACGUGUUUUGAGAAGGGUCCCUGGGAGUGCAGAAGCUUGUUGCAUUUUUGAUACUUUGUUUUGCACAGGUUUCCAAAAACUUAAGUAUCUUAAUCAAGCUGUUGAGAUUUUUCCUCCUGCGUGGAAACAUGACUAAAGACCACCUAGGUUAUUUUGUCCCAUGUUCAUCCCUCUCACGCUGUGAUUGGGUUUGUCACCUUUCAGGUGUUGCAAAGUGAACAUAUGCGGCCUUUUCUACUCAUGUAGACUUCCCAUGUGAUUUAGAAUCCUAGAGAGUUCAAAGUCCCCUAUUACACAAGUACCCCCUGAAAGGUGAUGAAGCCUCCAACGAGCCCAGAUGGAGGAAGUGGACUCACAGGGAGUGGGAGAACGAAUUUUGUAAAGUUAACCUGACUUCUUAGGUACUUACUAUACUGUUACGCAUUCUCAAACCCUCCUGGUACUGUUGCUGUUAUAACUUCCAGGAUAAGGAUGGAUGCAAGAGAAAAAUGUAGAGUUAUCCAAAAUGCAGAACGUUCUCUCGUACUUCUGCAUUAUUUCACCUCUUCAAUAAAAAACUCACAUUCUUUAACGUGAUCAUUCUUCCUUAAAACACACGCUCACAGAAACUGUUUUCAGUGCCAAAUUGUGAAACAUGUUCUCAGAAUUGAGCUGGUAGCUUUUCUGUGCUGAAUUUUUUCAGGCAUUUAUACAAACAAUGUAAAUAUUUUGUGCUUUGUCUUCACUUCUUGAUAACAUUUUCUUCCAGUACGGUUUGCAGUAGAACAUGAUAAUGCAAUAGGAAGCAGUUAACUUGUCUCUGGGUGAUGGGGCAGUCAAGUGAUGUUGGGACAUGUGAUAUGUUAACUGUUUCUCUGUAGCUGUUCAGUAUUCCUGCCAUUCUGUCACUAUUCUUAUAGGGCAUGUGACAAAUUGAGGCAGAAUAGCUCCCCCACCCCAGAAGUGUGCUUCAAGGCAACAUUGUAUUUAAUUAUGCCACUAGGUGGUAGGGCUUCUCACAGUUAUUAAAAUGUUACCUCCACUCCUGGUAGCAGUGGUCCUCCUGCUGUAUAGAGCCUGCAGUGAGCUCAGGGAAAUAGUUUUAUCCUAGGAAGUGUGUUUACAGGCAGCAUAAGAUGUAAUUUUGCGUAAGUUCUUAUAAAUAAUUCUCUAUAUGCAGGCCUUUGUAGAUUCGAAAUGUCCAAGUAUUGUUCUUCCCCCCACGUCAGUUUGGAGUACAAAUAGUAUUGUGAUUCAAAGAUCAAUAUAUCCUUUUUUCAGUAGAUUACCAAAAUAUAGAAACUGAAAAUGCGUGGUGUGUUUAAUUCAUAGGACGGAAGAAGCAGAAACUCGCCAAAGAAAGAGCAGGACUAUCAAAGGUAUUGAUACCUUGUUGUCUUGAGUUCAGUUUUAGUUGUGGUGCAUUAUACAUGGUGUACAGAAUUCAUUUCAAAUUGGAUUUCGGCUUGAAAUUAUCAUACAGGCAGUGACCAUUUUGCACAAGGGUUCUGUUCCUGACCCCCACACGCAUCAACAAAGCACACAUAAGCCUGCCCCAUUCCACCCCAUUUUGGGGCCACUUCUGGGUUGGCAGCGACAAGCAUGUGCAUGAUUGUGCAAUAAUUGGACACGUAAAAUGGUUGCUGUCUGUACUAACAGCUUUUUUGAUCUAUGUUAGUCAACUUGAAUCCAGAUAAUUUCCUGCACCACUCACCAAAAGUGUAUUUCGUGUUUUCUGGCAGUCGUCCUUGCUCCCCAAAUCAUAGGCAAUUCAGGAGAAUUACUGACCCUCAGAAGACUGCUUUUUUGAGGGGGGGGGAGUGUUGAGGGGCUGGGGACAGCACUUUCCAUAGUCCCCCUUCCAUGGAUAUAUGUCUAAAUUAAUUAUUUCCAUGGAAAGAAGUUUCACAGUGUGGCUCAGUUCUGUAACAAAUGCUGAUGUGGAGGUGAUCUCAGGAGUUCAGGCAUCUUGCCAAUGUUUAAAAACCUAACUUAAAAAAACCCCUACUAGAAUGCUCUUAAGUACUGUAUUUAAAAGCAUAUGUGAGGAACGGGAUGUUGUGACUUAAACGGCUGAUUGCAUAAAUGUCAUUGUUACAGUUGCCUGAUCUAAAAGAUGCUGAAGCUGUUCAAAAGUUCUUCCUUGAAGAGAUACAGUUGGGCGAGGAACUGCUAGCACAAGGUUGUUGAAAUUUUUACAAAUGUGGGGGAAUGGGGGAGUAAAAUAUAUUACAGUUCAAAUAAUGUUAAUUUUUGAAAUGGGACAUAAUGGGGAACAAUAGUUAACUGAGGACUUCCUGGUUUGUAUGCAUGUGAAGUGGCUAUGUGUAAGGCAGUGAGAUUUGUUUAUAUCUCAGCUUAAUAAGCCUAGAUAUCAUCAUCUGGAUACAGCCAUUAUUUAACAAGAUAGCACAUCUGAACUGUCAUGUCAUAUAAAUGUAAUACAGUGGUACCUCGGGUUAAGUACUUAAUUCGUUCCAGAGGUCCGUACUUAACCUGAAACUGUUCUUAACCUGAAGCACCACUUUAGCUAAUGGGGCCUCCCACUGCCGCCGCGUUGGUGGAGCACAAUUUCUGUUCUCAUCCUGAAGCAAAGUUCUUAAGCUGAAGCACUAUUUCUGGGUUAGCGGAGUCUGUAACAUGAAGCGUAUGUAACCUGAAGCGUAUGUAACCUGAGUUACCACUGUACAGUGGAACCUCUACUUAUAUUCACCUCCGGUUACGUAUCCUUCAGGAUACAUAUGUGGCAAACCCAGAAGUAUUUUUCUUGGUUUCACCACAUGCGCAGAAGUGGUCUACCGUGCCGCCUGCAUGCGCAGAAGUGGUCCCUCCGGUUGCGGAAACCUCAGGAUCCAACUGGAGCUCCGGAAUGGAUCCCAUCCGCAACCAGAGAUACCACUGUACAGAUUUAGUACCCUAUCCAGACCGGGAAUCACCAACGUAUUGGCCAGAUGUGUGGACUGCAACUCGUGUAAGCACAGCCAGUGGUCAGGGAUGAUGGGCAUUGGAGUCAGUAACAUCUGGAGCUACAUUGCCAUAUUGGCUACCCUGAUCCAGGCUGCCAAAUACCAGUCAUAUUUAAAAUUGCUUUGUUAAAAGUCAGAAAUCUCCUACCAUGAUUACAUUAUCAUCACAACCACCCUAUCUUAAAAAGAUGACACUCAGUGAAAUGGUGUCAAAUUGGGCAUUUCUGCCUUUCUCAAAGUCUCAAGUCAAUAAUGUAUUUCGUUAUCAGUCAGCAAAUGGAGGUUUACUGUCCUCCAUUUACUUGAAAAAAAUAUUCUAGUUGUAACGAGUACCUUGACCAGAAAUCCUUCUCGGUUCUGGGAUACUAAGCCAUCCAAACAACCCAAAUAUCAUCUGAAGGGUAGUUAGGAAUUAUUUCUAUUUUAUUUUCUAUUUAAAAAUGGCAUCUGGGAUAAAGUGUUGGUAAAUUGACUUAAAUUCCCUUGGAUAUACAGUAAGAUUUGCUAUUAACUGAAGAUGAGUGACAAAUGAAGCCUAAAAGUGCAAAGCUAAUGAUUGCCAAUUUAACAUGCUUCGUAUUUUACAGGAGAAUAUGAAAAGGGUGUUGAUCACUUGACGAAUGCCAUUGCUGUGUGUGGACAACCGCAGCAGUUACUACAAGUUCUGCAGCAGACGCUUCCGCCACCAGUGUUCCAGAUGCUUCUCACUAAACUCCCCACAAUUAGCCAGGUAUGGAAAGCUGUUUUUUGCACUCCUUUUAGUAGUUUGAAAUAGGAGUAGUUGCAAUCAACAUUGUUUGCCUGCUCCUGUGCAUGUUUGUUCCCACUGAUUUUUAACAGCGUUGCUGCUCCCAAGAAAGUGUGCUCAGGAUUUCAACUUUAAAAUUGAUUUUGGUGGUUUUGCUGAUACUGAGACAAGUGCCUAAUUCAUCACAUUGGUAGACUUGGCUUUAAAAUUAGGGAGGUAUUCUAACUGGAAUUGAGCAAGUGGUGGCUCUGUUUUGUUUCAUUUAGUGCAAAUACAUCCCAUUUUUAACUCUAGUCCUCAAAGCAGCUCAGAAGAUACAAUGGGCACUUGAAACAAAACAGCUUCACUUGAACAGGAACUAGCAUCCCACAAGGCAAUUGGUGUUAAAAGGCCCUGGGGAAUCAGUCCAGUGGGAACAGAAGCAGGCACCUGGUGGUGUUUUUGCCUGUCUCAUAUUAUGGCACGAUUCUGACUUCUCAAGCAGCUCAUGCAAGCAGCAUUUCUGGCAAUUGUGCCUACUGCCUGCUUGCUUGCUUGCUGUCCUUGAGACCAAGGACUGCUUGUCAGAACAACUGUAGCUCUCAAAUCACGUAACAUUAAUUCCUACUAUAUGCAGCUACUCUGGGUUAUAUCCAGAAGUGUGUUUCUGUUAACUCUUUUGAUGCCUCUGUGAAUGGAAGGAGGGGGAAUUUAUUUUCUAUCCUGCCUUUCUUCCAUUAUGAAAUCCAAGAUGGCACACGUGGUUCCCAGGCAGUCUCCCAUCCAGCCACUGACCAGACCCAGACUUGCUUAGCUUCAGCAAGUUAGUGGCCUCGUUUUGCCUUCAGGCCAUCUCCUGGGCAGCGUGGAAGUGGGUUGCAGAGGGAGGCGGGGGAAUUAGUUACCUCCUGCUUUCCAUUCACAGAAGCUUUCAUUGAAUCAGUGAGCCUUCUGUGAGUGGAACAGCACAAUUCGAUGCAACCCUGUUGAAAGGGUUGAAGCAGAUUUCCAAUGUGCAAGAGCAAUUAUUUGCUUCCCUUUAAUAAGAAGGGUUUACUGCGUCUGAACAAACUCACAUAUAACUCAGAAUUAAAGGGAAAAGAUGAUCUAGCAGUUUUAUAUAUUCCUAGCUCCCGAGAUUUCCUCUGAUAAUGUGUUUUGUGAAAGGCCGCUUUUGAGGAUUGUCUGUAAACUUCAAUUGGUUCAUGAUGCAGUUGCCCACCCAGCUCCCAAAUCCUAAAUGACUGGGGUUCAGAGCUUGCCCUUAACUUCAUGUCCCAUCAUAUCUGACCAUUUGCUGUUCUGGUUGGGGCUGAUGACAGUUUUAGUCCAACUUCCUGGAGGCCACCAUGUUUGUUACCCCUGAUCUGUGGUACAGUCUUGCUUUAAUUGUCAGUGCCACCUGAUACUAGUGCUGACAACGGGUGGUAUAAAGGGCAGGGUGGCAUGUGUGAUGGAUUCCUCACUAUAGAACUUUCCCUAUACCAUUUUGACAGCCCCAUCUGUUCAGGAGGUUGGUUCAAACCAUAUUGUUCAGGUGAGCAUAUCUGGAAGAAUGAAUUGGACAAGAUAUUCCUGAAAGAGAGGAGUUCCAAAAGUGGUUGCGGCACCACAAGGAGCAGUAAAAACCCUUAUUUGUGCAUGAGUUCCUUUGCUGGAAACCACUGGGUAACAUUAGAUGCCAUGCAAGCAGGCUUCCCCUUUCUUCCCCAUGCCCCCAACCUACUCUGGAGGGUCCCCCAACAUUCUUGAGCAUAUUUUAGGCAGCACUCGGUUGCAGAGGACAGGAAGUGGACUCCCAUAGCAUGGCUGGAUGUUGCUUCCACUGGCAAAUGGACACCUCUGGAUUUCACCCACAGCCUGUUGCUCGUCAGACAUUUCUGACAGAUCUAAAACUUGAGUUUAAAACAAAUAAAAACAAAUCAGACCUGGGGUUCUUAAGAACUUGCAGCUGCAAUCAGAAUUUGGAAAAUGGGCCACACUAUAACUGCUAAAGGGCUAUUUCAGUGUUUUCAUUCUGGCUUAACAUAAGAGACCUGCAUAACCAAGAUUUCUUGGUAUUUGUUUCAUUUAGUUAAUUUCAAGCUAACUAAAGCAAGCGGAGUAAAAUAUUAACAGCAGCAAUAGAUGCAAGUUUAAUUACUGGAUCCCAGGUGCAUCAAGUUUGGUUGAUGUUCGCUUGGCCAAAUAUUGCACAAUUUCAUUUUUAUAAAUACUGUACAGUGUGCCUUGCAAGACGAAAUUAAUCCAUUCCGCGAGUCUCUUCGUCUUGCAGUUUUUUGUCUUGCGAAGCACGGCUAUUAGCGGCUUAGCGGCUUAGCAGCUAUUAGCGGCUUAGCGGCUAUUAACGGCUUAGCGGCUUUAAGAAAAAGGAAACAAACUCGCAAGAACUCGCAAGACCUCGCAAGACGUUUCGUCUUGCGAAGCAAGCCCAUAGGGAAAUUCGUCUUGCGGAACGACUCAAAAAACGCAAAACCCUUUCGUCUAGUGAGUUUUUCGUCUUGCGGGGCACCACUGUAUUUUGAUUAGGAAGCUUAUUAGAUCCUUGCUGCACUUGCUGUUUACCUGCUGUUUUCUUACUAAUGUUGAUUUUCACAGAAGAGGGAGAAUAUAAAUUUAAUUUUGCAGGUUGCAACUCAUUCUGUAAUUCACCUGAUGAGAGAGAGUCUUAUUACUCUAAGAUGAUUCAAAUAUUUUCUUUUACAGAGAAUUGUAAGUGCACAGUGCUUGGCUGAAGAUGAUGUGGAAUGAGAAAUUUCAGCUGGAAAAACAAGUGUUUCCUUAGCCCAAAAUAUGAGCAUCACUGGGGGGGAAGAGCAGGGUAAAGGAGUAAGCAUAGAACUCAUGAACUGUAUACCACAUUUGAACCAAACAAAGUUAAUUUUAACUUUGAGUGGGUUGGUUUGGCUGGACUUUAUUUAUUAUCUAGUGCAAAGUGUAUUUUGAUAAAUUCAUUUUAUAAAUACACCAUGUUGAGUUAUAAAAAGUAUCAUUAAUGUCAUUUAUUACCGAUACAGUUGCAGCAUUGUACAUAUAAAAGAUGUAUUACUACAACAUAAAAAAACCCUGUGCUCAUUUUUGAAAAACCCAAAGCUAAGGCAUUAAAAGACGUACCUGCCCUCCCAUGUGUAUGUGUGCUCAUUCAAAUGUCAAAGGGAUAGUGACAAAUUUCAGCAUGUUCUGUACAGUGCCCAGGACUGUUUCAGAUAGCUCUUAUUAACUUUAUUUUGUUUUUGGUUCUUUGGAUCUUACACCA